GGGCAUUUUGGAGGAGGUUUUUGAGAGAUGUUAGGGUCAUGGCAAUAACACAGAUCACUUCAGCAGUCCUAGAGGAUUUGAUUUGAUUGAAUCUGUGGGGGAGAGUGGAAUGGAGGCAGGAGCGGGGAUUAUUAAGGCUUAGGGCUUAUAGUGCUUUGCACUCAGUCAUUCUCUUCUGUGCUUUGCAUGCUGGUGCACUGAGAGAAAAUGAUAGAUGGCUGUUCUGUGGCUGGCAAACUGAUGGCCGUUGGGUCAUUCUGGAGAGUCGCUACGUCAUUGAGACAUUUUUUGGACUUAAUUUAAGUGGUUGAGCGUGGACCUCAGGAGCCAUGAGGGAUCUGUGUCGUAUAUGUGGUGUUCGUCUGGUGGGAAGCCAGUGUCGCUGGAUCUUCAGCUCAUCAGGAAAGAGGAAACUUCAAGUCAUCCUCUCACACGUGCUUGGCUGGGAUGUGACUCGUGAUGGUCGUGGAGAGUUCCUCUGCGGGAAAUGUGUGUUCCAGUUAGAGAAGGUGGUGCAAUGUGAUGUUAACAUCAGCCAGCUGCAGGACGAGCACAGCACUCAGAUCCAGAAGCUGCAGGCGGAAAAAGAACACCUGAUUCAGUGUAUCGUGCACAUCUACAACAAAAACAAUCCUGGUAGCAGUGACAAGGAGAACGCCAGCUCUAAGGCUCUACACAAGUCCUCUGGGGGAGGCAGUCCCGAAGAUGAGGCCGUGUGUCAACUCUCCAAUGAGAGGCUGCAUUUCAAGGAAAGUGGAAGCAGUCGAGUGGGGAAUCGUAUGAGAAGGUGUGUUAGUCUGGAUGUAAUUGUCAGUAAAGGACCAAUCCCUGGGCGCUCAAGCCUUCGCAGCAGCCGACAAGGCUCAGGAGCAGGGUUGGAUAACUUGGUGAAGAGUUUUGGGCUCCGAGGCACACGCCAACAUUCGCAGAGUACGUACCUUGACCUGGUCCAGCAUAAGGGCACACUGCCUAAAUCUGGAUUCAAAGAUCGCUCCACAUCUCUACAGUCCCUGAAUCGGGACUUCUACGCGGACACCCCUCCAGACCCUACACCCAAACGAAAACUGAGGGAGCCCACUGUGUUUGUUGCAAGAUAUGGCGCUAAUGAAGACCCAGGAGGAAAGGCUCAGGCCAGAGCACUGCUCCACAGCUCUCCCAGUCAGCCUUCCAUAAUCUCUGAUCUGAUCCAGCUCCUGCGCUGCAUUUCCAGGCAGCAAGUGUCUGCCCCUGCAGGGAGUCGCAUCCCUGUCCUGAAGAGGUUAAAUGUUGGGUCUCUCAUCCAAGCGAAGCGCAGACUUAGAGAAGCAGAAUGGAAGUCUCUGCAUGACCUUACAGAGGAAUUUGAGGAUGAAUACACCCCUGUUAGAGUGAAGAGUGACAUCAAUCAAUUGGAGUCCGUCAAUAAACGUCUGACUGAGGAGCUCCACCAGGCUAAAAGUACCUAUGAGAAUCUGACAAAAACAUUGGAGGAUUCCCAGAACCAGAACAAGAUCCUACUGGGGAAGCUGGAGGAGAAGGAGAACGAACUCAAUUCUGAGAAGAAAAAUUCUUUGAAGCGAGAUAAAACAAUCCAGGGGCUCACUCAGGUCCUCAAAGAAAAGGAAAAAGAGACUGCAGAGCUGUGUCAUGAGAUCGAGGACAGGGAUGACGCUUUGACCAAGGCUAGAGAGGCUGCACAUAAAGCCCAGCUGCAGAAAUACCAGGGAGUAGAGGAGCACCAGAACUUAUUAAUGGGAAAGCAAACAGAGUUGGCCCAACUCCAGGGAGAACACCAUGCCAAGGUGCUUGAAGCCCAAAAACUACAGCGUGCACUAGACAGAAAGGAGCAGGAGCUGGGUGACUUGCAGCAGGCAAAAGACCAACUUGAAGUGGAGCUAGAGGACCUCCAACAACAAAAGAAGAAUGGAGAUAAAGCCCUAAAUGAUCUAAAAAAUCAGCUCAAAAAGCUGAGUGAUGAAACAGGGGAGAGGGAGGGUGCUCUGAAACAGGAGUACCAGGAGCUGCUGGACCAAACUAAAAGAAAACUGCAGACCAGCGAGGCCACAAUCCAGCGGCUAACAUGUACCCUGGCUGAUAAAGAGCAGCAGCUUCAGGAGUACAUAAACAUGGUCAGAGACUUUGAGCGAAGCAAAAGUCCAGGAAGUAACGAUGGCGUGCUUUCCAAACUGCGGCAAAGGCUGAAGGAAAAAGAGAAGGCUCUGGAGCAAGCGCUGGAUGACAAAUUUUCUGCCAUUGAGGAGAAAGACAAUGAGAUUCACCAACUGCAGCUGUUGCUCAGGGAAAAGGAGCGUGACCUAGACAGACUCAAUAACCUGCUCUCUCAUAACGAGGAAACCAUCAAUAGUUUUGACAGUCUGAUCAAGGAGAAGGAUGUCGAGCUUCAGCAUCUUGCAAACACUCUGAAGAACCUACAGAGAGCCAAGCAAGAUGUAGAAGAUAAUCUAAACAGAUCUCUGAGGGACAAGGACUCCAUCAUUAGCCAUCUGCAACUCUCCCUGGAGGGCAAGACAAAGGAUUUGGAGGAAAUGGCUGACUCAAUGCUGAACCAGACACAGAGUCAGGCUCGCGACCUGGCUGAGCAAAUGGGCCAGAGGUUGAAGGUUACAGAAGCCAUGCUGGCCGAGGCUGUGAAGGCCAGGGAACAACUAGUUGCCGACAACCAGAGUGCUGUGGAAGGGCUGUUGGCAACAAUUACAAGCAAGGAUCAACUUCUCAAGGAGUCUGCUGAGCACUACAACCGCAUGCUGUCGCAGCGCGCUCAAGAGAUUCAGGAACUGAGGAAGCAGCUGUCUGACAGGCAGCAGCAGCUUGCCACCGCUGAAAAGCAGAGCUCCACAACAACCCAAGAGGGUUAUUUAGAAACGGCAGAACUCAGAGCCCUGCUCGCCGAAAAAGACGCCCUCAUCAAUAAGCUUCUGCAGCGUGGUCAGGAGAGAGAUCAGUUUCUGUUGGAGAUCAGACAAAAGGCAGAGCCAGACCAAGUGUUGGAGCUCAGACAAACUAUCCAGAUAAUGCAGGAGAAAUUGGAUGAGAGGGAAGCUGAGCUGUCCAGAAGGAACAGUGACGACAAUCAGGAGAACAACCCGCUCUCCAAGAAGACAGUGGUCAUCCUGAAAAAGGAGUUAGCUCAGAAAACAGAAGCACUAAACAAAGCACUGAAGAGGGAAAAUGAACUGAAGAUUUCAUUGGCUGACCUCCAGUCAUUGCUGUCCGAGCUGGAGGGCCGCAAUGAAGGUCAGGCUGCUAAUAUCGACUCCCUUACUUCUACUCUGAAGACCAAGGAGGAGAUUAUCAAUGUUCUCCACCUGCGCCUUGGUCAAAGAGGUGACAGUCGUGCUGAUCAUACCCAGGAUCAUGCCAUCGCCUCUGGCAUGGAGAGGUCACUGCCUGUGCUUCCUCAGAGGGAGAGGACCAUGAUAGGUGGAGACAGCCAGCAAGAAACUUUACCCAACCUUAUAGCCUUGCAACAGGAGCAUGACUCUCUGCAUAAAGCCCUACGAGCUGAGCAACAGCUCUACUCCAGCCUGGUCAGGACUGUGAAGGAGCAAGACAGCGCCCAGCGUCUCCACGCUCUGCAGCUGGAGCUGGCAGCAGUGCAGCUUCUCAGGCAGCAGCUAGAAGACGGCAUCAAGACUAAUGAGGAGCUCAGGGAUGACUUGGAGAGAGAGUUGCACAAAGCAAAACUCAGAGAAGGUAUGGACCUCAUUGAUCCCAAAGAACUGGAGAGCAUGAGGCAUCAGCUUGAAGAUGCCCAUCGCUGGAAUACAUCUCUGCAGGCUCGCUUAGGAGCAAUCCAGAACCGUGGAGGAGGGGUCGGUGGAGCCAACGACGGCGACACUUUGAGUUUCAUUGGAGACCAGACUUCCUACCUGAGCAUCUGUGUGGGAGAGGGCCACGAUGACAGCUUGUCUGAACUCUCAGCUCAGGAGCUCAGACAGAAGGUGCUGGAGCUGCAAGACUGUGUUGGCAGACUGCAGACUUUAAAUAACGAACUGCAGAACCGACUGUCACUUAUGGAGACGUCGGAGCAUGAUACAGACAAGGAGGAGAAAGCCGGCAGUAACCCGUGGAAACAGCAGCUUGAGAAGACACAGGAUAUGCAGUCGCUGGCUCAUAGCAAUAAGACACAUCUCCCUGGUCAAGACAAAGGGAGCCAAACAAACAUCACAGCAGGACAGAUUGCAUCUGGAAAUCUGUUGGAUGAUGCGACUGUGCACAGUGGCCUUGACCAGAGUAGAGAGCAUGCUCAGUCUGGUAACAACAUCUCGGACACUGGAGAGCAGGAUUCAGUGCAGAAGAACAGAGAUGUAAUGGCACUUAAAACCCUGUUGUCUGAUUGUGGAUCCACUUCAGUAUUGCACCUCAGAGAGGAACUGCUCAGACUUAGAUCAGAAAAUGCAGCACUUCGGGGUCUCCUGAAGGAACAAAAGUCCACUGAGUGUAAAGAGAAAGAGAGUGCAGACGCCUCAGGGAACAGCAGUGAAGGACAGUCUGAACUGAGAAGGAGUGUGGAAACACUUCACGCUGAUGCAAACAGUGACUCCAAGGUCCUCAAACUGUCAAAAGAACGGCGAAAGAGGCAGUCAGAUGAGGAGUUUGAUUGGGAGACUCUUGGUACCACUGUCAGCAUUGCAGAUGAGAUGGAGAAUCCAGUAACUAAAUCCCAGUCACACAGCAAGAGUCCAAAGCAGCAUAUCACAAGACAAAGGGCUGGUGUCAAAUCUCGCCUCCCCGUGCCAGUGAAGCUGAGAUUGGAGUCCAUCAGCAGUAUACAGUCUGCGAGCUCUGACCAGCUGAACACCGAUGAACUUCAACAUCUUAAUCUGGAUGUUGUCUAUGGGUGUGACCAGCCGUUGGCAGCAGACUCCGACUCUCACGUGUCACACCAGCAUGUCAUUUCCCCAUCCUCCACCCUCAGACAUGCUCAUCGCAGCUGCAGUCCUGGAGGGUCUGACAUGGGCUCGGGAGACAGAACAUCACUGGAUCACACCCAGGCCGACUCCGCCCUUUUCAAUCAGCUGGAGCUUCUCCACCAGGAGUGCCAAGAGAAGGAGGCUCUGAUCAACAAGCUGAGUGAGAAGCUUGCUGACUGGGAAGAGCUCCAUGCUCAGAUUCAAGAAAAGGACAGGCUUAAUCACCAGUACAUAGAGGCCUUACAAGCUGCAGAAUCCACCAUCGCUUACUUGACUGCCUGCAGUCUCGACAGUCAGGGUGGAUUUGGACACACAGGUUCUGGUUUUCCAGACUCGGAUGUUUCCCUCAACAGUAGAUGCAUGGAACUACAGAAAGCCCUACAGGAGAAGGAGGAGUUCAACAACCAUCUGGUUGAGCUAUUGAACAUGGCAGAAAAAGCCAUAAUCUCCUCUGACAGCCAAGAUAAAAAUCCAGAAAUCAGCGAUCUUUGUUCAAAGAUAGAGGAUGCUUUACAGAAGGUAAAGGCAUCUAGAAGCAUAGAGAGCCCUGGAGAAGAAUUUGGAGGUACUGAGGGCUCUCUGCAGGAGCUGCAGCGUCAUGCUGACUCUUUACAGGAGGCACUUUGGGAACAGAACAGGCUAAACGCAGAGUUGCAGGAAAAACUGAGGGCUGCAGAAGUUGCCUCUCAACAUAGUAACCGCAGCGACGCCUCGUCAGCGCAGGGGGAAACAUCAGCAGAGUCACUUAAAACCGAACCUCACGGCACAAAAGGUUCUGAUAAUAAUCAUCUAAAUCAAGAGGUGAUUAAAGUUUUGAUGAACUGUUUUAGUGCAGCGGAGUCUGCCAUUGCCUCUUUAGCAGGUCACUGCACAAAUAGUGGUUCAUCAACUUCUGGUAGAUCAUCACAGAUCAGCCCAGAACUGCAGAAUAAUUUAGACAAACUUCAGGCAGCUCUGCAAGAGAGGGAACAACUGGGAGAACAUGCCCAGCCAGUUACCCAGUCCAGCAGCAAUCAGUCCUCUGCUACAGCUGGAACAAAGGGACAAGAUCUCCACCAGCAUCUGUGUUUCCUCUACAAGGUCUUUUGUGAUUACUCUCAGAGGAUAUCUGAACUCCAGGCUUCCUCGCAAGCAGAGAGGGGCCACAGAGGGGAGAGCAAGACCCCAAAGACAGUACAAGAUGAUAAAAGAUUACCCCCAAGUGUGCAGGCAGAACUGGAGAGUCUCCACAAGGCACUGAGGGAGAAGAAGAAAGCCUGUAAAAACCUGGAGGAGAAACUAGCUACUGCUCUGUCCAGUACAUCCUCUCCUGAAACUUCACGGAAAGCUCCUGAGCAGGAUGACAAAGGCGUACAGGUGGAUUUGCAGGACCUGGGUUACGAAACCAGUGGCAAGAGUGAGAACGAUAGGGAAGAGAGCAGUAGCACAGAUCUAGAGGUGGGUGUGAACCCUAGUCGCAGUGCGUCCAGCCUGCCCUCCCUGUUGAAACAUGAACAAGCCGCCUUCUCCUCUACUGAAAACUUGGACUCAACCUCCAGUACCCCGUACCCUAGUUCCCCAGCUCUCAGCUCAGCCAAGGUCAGUCUCAAAGGUUUGCAGGUCUAUGAUGAGUACGGUGUUUCUGAAGACCCUCUUCAGCUUCAGGCCCAAGUCAGAGAGCUCAAGGUCCAACUGGAAAACCAAACCAAACUCAUCCUCCAAAUGCAAAGUCUUCUGCGUAGGAACUCCCUCUCCAGUGACCUAGUUACCAACGCAUCUGACCCGGGCACCAACCCAGGCGCCCACAAAGAUGACCGUAGCCAAGAUCGUAUCUACAGAAGUGGGCAGCUAAGGGAGAAAAAAGAGUCGGAGAACCCGUCAGCGAAGGAUAAAACCAGCCUUCUCAAUAUAGAACUGGAAAGGGAGAGGACUGCGAGCAGAAAUGAACAACUGCAGCCGAACCGCAGUCGCUCCACAUCACCUGCCAGACUUGACUCCCUGGUGCAGUCGCAGGCCAGGGAGCUGUCACAACUGAGGCAGCAGAUCAAGGAAAGCCGCAGGCUGGGAGCCCUGCACCGCCGGCAGCUGGAGGAGCUGAACGAGGCCUUUAAAGAGCUGCUGCAGGCCAGCGAAGUGGACCACUACAUGGGGGAGGUGGUCAAAGAGCAGCUAGACAAGAGCUUGAGCAUCGUGGAGCGGCUGGAGGGACGGCUGGACAAAGGAGAUUCUCAUCUGAAUAAUGAGGACAUGGCAGCUCUGGAAUUGUCUCGCAGGUUGGCCAAAGAGCUGCAAGAGAAGAACCGGCUCAUCCAGAGCCUGCAGAGCCAGAUCAGAGGCCAGAGUCCCGGCAGCCACCACAGCUCCCACUCGGACCUGUACCCCUCAGACAGGACCUCUACCUCCUGUCACAGCAGCCCGACCUCACAAGGUGGCAGCCGAGGACACGGCCAGCAUCCCCUCACUGAUUGGUCAGGUGGAGCCGCCCCUCCCGUAGGAGGAGCCCAGAAGGAAGGUGUGCCCGGUCCCAGCAGACUACAGGGCCUCCAGAGGGAGAACGGGCGACUGCAGGAGCAGCUGAAGAGCAGCGAGGAACUCAACGCCACCCUGCGCAGCGAACUGGACCUGCAUCGCUCCAUUAUGGCCCAGACCAGCUCCCACCCCCAGGAACAGGAGCGAGGACACGACCAGGAGGGUUCAGGGCCUCAGAGAGAGGCACAGAAACGAGACGGAGACGUCGGCUCACAAAAGGCUGCAAGCGAACAGCCGCACGUGAUGAAUUCAGAUCUGCUGGCAGAACACCUGCAGGAGAUCAGAGCCUUACGACAGCGUCUGGAGGAAAGUAUUCGCACCAACGACCACCUCAGACAACAGCUGGAGAGAAGACUGGCGGAGGUGGAGAAGGAUCCAGCAGCGACCAAUAUCUUCAUCCACGGCAACGAGGAGCAGACUCAGCUGGCUAACGAGGUGCGAUUCCUCUGGGGACAAAACCAGGUCCUGAAGGAACAACUCAACGUGGGAUCUAGAGACAAGCAGAAGGAGAACGAAAAGCUCCGGGAGACUCUGGCCAGGCGGACGGCCAAACUGGAGCAGAGCAGGAAGGAGUGUGAAGCUCUGAGGCAGGAAAACCGACGGCUGCAGGAGAGACUGGAGCACAGCAUCCAGGAAAACUCGCAGCUCCUGGAUUCGCUGCAGUACAGCCGAGAGGAGCUCGGCAGGCUUCAGUCUGAGGUGAAGCUCCAGAGGCAGCAUCUGUCCGACUCCCAGCACCUCCUCCAGUCGCUGCGGGUGGAGCUGCAGGUUUAUGAAAAGAUGAAGACAGACUCCAACAAACAAAAUGAAUCUAGUGGGACGACCCAGGAGCCCGUCCCCGCCUCCUCGUCCUCCGGCUCCGUGGACCUGGGGGAGCUGCUGUCAGAGAUCAGACACCUGAGGCUGCAGCUGGAGAGGAGCAUCCAGACCAACACGGCUCUGAGGCAGCGGCUGGAGGAGCAGCUGCUCAGAGGCCCCAACCGCUCCGAAACCAUCAACAUCAACUACCUGCUGUCGUCUCCAGAUGAAGGCGGCAGGUCUCCGGGUCGUGAAGGCUGUGACACUCUCCGUCAGUCUUUCCAGACUGAGCACACCAGUGUCCUCCAUGAAACGAGGCGUCGUGCUCAGUCGGAGGUGGACGGCGGCUCCGUCAGCAGCAGCUCUGGGGACAGCGUCUCUGGCGCCCCCUCUCGGCUGGUGCCGGGACACCGGAUGUGGGCCAAUCGCAACGGGCGCCACAUUUUAGGUUUGAUCGAGGACUACAGCGCCCUCCGCAAGCAGAUCUCAGAGGGCCGCAAGCUCUCCCUCAACAUGGACACGCAACUGCAGGACUGUCUGCACACACUCAAACAGCAGGGCGUCGACAACAAGGUUAUGGAACAGCAGCAUCUGAAGAGUCUGUCCAGCAGCAUUAACACCAUGCAGCAAGUCUUGGAGGAGGCUGGUCGGCUCCUCAAGCUGGUGUGGAGAGUCUCUUUGCCAGAUGGUAACACAGCAGGGGACAGCGCCGCCAACCAGCAGGAUGAGCUGCUGAAGAAUGAGAUCGCCAGACUGAAGAGCAGGCUGUCGCAGCAGGAGAGGAUGCUGAGCGGAGCCGUGAAACGUCUGCGCAGCACCAACCAGCUCAAAGAGGGGAUGGAGAGAGUCAUCAUCGACCAGCUGUCUCUGACCCAUGGAGUCCUGAAAAAAGCCCGGGGGAAUUUAGAGACAAAUUACUGUAGCCUCUUUGGCCUGAAAGGCCUGUCUGGAGGACCAGAUGAAGGAGGUCCCGGUAAAUGGUCCGUAGAGGACACAGCAGCCAGACACUCGGACUCCUCAGACGAUCGGAACAGCGACGGCUUCUUGCACUGCAGCUACUGAAGCUGCAACUUCCUAAUUUUUAUCGGCUGCCUUUCUAUUCUGCUGUUGAACUGUCACCUUAUCCCACUUUUUUUUUUUAAGAAAAAAAAAACAAUUAAUUGCACAUGCCCUGCCUUUAAUUAGAUGUAUUUUAGGUACUGAAGUUGUAAAAGUAUUUUUUUUCUUUUAAGAGAAUGCCUUUUAAAUGUAAAUAGUAAGCCCUGUGAUUUAAAUAUUUCCCUUUUAUAUUUUACAUUUAAAAACAGGAAAUUGUAUUUUAUUACGAACUCAAUGUUUUUACCUGUCAGUUAAAAUGUAUUCGCUGGUUUAAGGAUCUACAGCAUGUCCAAGGAAUUAUGUUAAAAUGAAGUAAAGAAAAAGGUUAAAUGAUGAAA